AUGUUCAAAGUGAGUGAGCAAGCUGAGGAUGUGACCGAUUUUGAUCCUGGUGAGGGCACCAGUAGAGAUUCAAAUUCAGAAACUCCUCAUUCAGCCAAAAGAUCGCGUUCCCAUGUUGAAGGGAGAAAAAGCUAUAAAGCUGCCUUAAAUGAAUAUAGUGAAAAAUUGCUUGAAAAGCAAGGAACCCUUAUUAAUAAUACAAUAACCAAGAUGUUAGAUUCACAGAAAGAAAUGUUAGAAACAGCUAACCGUGAACAGAGACAAUGGGAGUUAGAAAUGUUAGAAAAAGAACAAGAAUUCCAACGAAAACAGACUGAAACCAUGAUGCAGAUGUUUACACAAUGCAUUCAGUCUUUGAGACCACCUACUGUGAGCAACCUUGGUCCUUUGAGAUUGGUUAACCUAACGUCACAAAGGAACUUGAAAGAUGCUGAAGUGGAAAAACAGAACAAGGAAUUAAAAUAA